UAAGAAGGGGUAGGACUCCAUCUGUAACUCGCAGGGGCCUUAACUUCAAAAGCCAGACAAAAGUGUUCAUUAAGUCUAACUAGGUUGUAUUGCCAAGUUUUGCUCCUCUGGCCACAGUGUCAUUUGUCAGAAAAGCGAAGACAUACAGUUUGCUUAACUUUUCAUUUAUGGCACCAAUCCAUGCACUGAGCAAAAUGGAUACACCCAUCGGUUUGAGACACAGCCCUAAAAAGAGCAUCCACCCCGGCGGCCAAUCUAUCAACAGCAGAGGCCGGUGGGCGGGGUUUGUGGAAGCCGAGGGGAGGAAGGGAACGGUGGGAGGAGAUCUGGGAGUGCCAAGUUGAGCCUGAGGGUAGGAGUGAGACAGGGAACCCAAGCCACUGCCGAUCGGGGAAUACACCCCCUUUCCUUCCUCCUCAAAGGGCACGGGGGGCGGGGCGGAGGUACCUAGUUUUUGCCCCAGGUAGGUGAGGCUGUGAUAGACCUUCUCGGCCGCGGCCAGGUGGGCCAAGGCCGCCAGCAGCGACAGCCAGUUGCCCCCCGCGCUCUUGUUGGCCUCUCGUUCCUUGUCCACAUUGUCCUUGGCCUUGUCGUAAGAGAAGAUACCCAGGUGAGAGAAGAACGUCUCCAGCACCGCCUGUUCCACCGGAACCGGGGCGGCCAGCGGGAUAGACUCCCCCAUGCGAGCUGCGACCCAGCUCCACCCACGUGGCUCUCCCUCGCAGUUCCGGGUUCUCAGGGAACGUGCGCACCAGCGUGCGUGCGCGUGACCGCCGCAAGCGACGGGCUCGUGAGCGCGCUGCUGCCUGGACCGCGCCUGGGCCUUAGAGGACACCGGUAAGGGCCAAGGAAGGAGGGAAGUGGCCCGUCUUCAGCUCCUGAGCAGCUUCGGCUCUUCCGUUCCCGCAGCGCUGACUAUUCGGACCUUUGGGGCAGAACGCAAGACGGUCAACCCGCUGCUCCGCAGACCUGACUGCGCUCUGAGGUAAGGAAAGGAAGAGAAAACAGGAAACAUUGGAAAGAUAAAUGGGGUCUUUCCCGUGAAGAUCUACAGAAACACAAGAAAAAAAUUUCCAUGUGAAAAAUGGUAAACAGCAGUUGAGGAAGAUCAACGAUUAUUGACAGAUGUUUGUGGAUUCUUCUGUGGGAUCAGAGGGCACGCCUAUUGUAAUCAGAAAACUCCAAGAAUAGCAGCAGGGAUGGAUGAACAGGCUCUUUUAGGGCUAAAUCCCAAUGCUGAUUCAGACUUCAGACAAAGGGCCCUGGCAUAUUUUGAGCAGUUAAAGAUUUCCCCAGAUGCCUGGCAAGUGUGUGCAGAAGCUCUAGCCCAGAGGACGUACAGUGAUGAUCACAUAAAGUUUUUCUGCUUUCAAGUACUAGAACAUCAAAUUAAAUACAAAUACUCAGAGCUAACUACUGUUCAACAACAACUAAUUAGGGAGACGCUCAUAUCUUGGCUUCAAGCUCAGAUGCUGAAUCCCCAACCAGAGAAGACCUUUAUACGAAAUAAAGCAGCCCAAGUCUUCGCCUUGCUUUUUGUUACAGAAUAUCUCACUAGGUGGCCCAAGUUUUUUUUUGACAUUCUCUCAGUAGUGGACCUAAAUCCAAGGGGAGUAGAUCUGUACCUCCGAAUCCUCAUGGCCAUUGAUUCAGAGUUGGUGGAUCGUGAUGUGGUGCAUACAUCAGAGGAGGCCCGUAGGAAUACUCUAAUAAAAGAUACCAUGAGGGAGCAGUGCAUUCCAAACUUGGUGGAAUCAUGGUACCAAAUUUUACAAAAUUACCAGUAUACUAAUUCAGAAGUGACAUGUCAGUGCCUUGAAGUAGUUGGGGCUUAUGUCUCUUGGAUAGACUUAUCCCUUAUAGCCAAUGAUAGGUUUAUAAAUAUGCUGCUAGGUCAUAUGUCAAUAGAAGUUCUGCGGGAAGAAGCAUGUGACUGUUUAUUUGAAAUUGUAAAUAAAGGAAUGGAUCCUGUUGAUAAAAUGAAACUAGUAGAGUCUUUGUGUCAAGUGUUACAGUCUGCUGGGUUUUUCAGCAUUGACCAGGAAGAAGAUGUUGACUUUCUAGCCAGAUUUUCUAAGCUGGUAAAUGGAAUGGGACAGUCAUUGAUAGUUAGUUGGACUAAAUUAAUUAAGAAUGGGGAUAUCAAGAAUGCUCAAGAGGCACUACAAGCUAUUGAAACAAAAGUGGCGCUGAUGCUGCAGCUACUAAUUCAUGAGGAUGAUGACAUCUCUUCUAACAUUAUUGGAUUCUGUUACGAUUAUCUUCAUAUUUUGAAACAGCUUCCAGUGCUCUCAGAUCAGCAAAAAGCUAAUGUAGAGGCAAUCAUGUUGGCCGUUAUGAAAAAACUGACUUACGAUGAAGAAUAUAACUUUGAAAAUGAGGGUGAAGAUGAAGCCAUGUUUGUAGAAUAUAGAAAACAACUGAAGUUAUUGUUGGACAGGCUUGCUCAAGUUUCACCAGAGUUACUGCUGGCUUCUGUGCGCAGAGUUUUUAGUUCUACACUGCAGAAUUGGCAGACUACACGUUUUAUGGAAGUUGAGGUAGCAAUAAGAUUGCUGUAUAUGUUGGCAGAAGCUCUUCCAGUAUCUCAUGGUGCUCACUUCUCAGGUGAUGUUUCAAAAGCUAGUGCUUUGCAGGAUAUGAUGCGAACUUUGGUAACAUCAGGAGUUAGUUCCUAUCAGCAUACAUCUGUGACAUUGGAGUUCUUUGAAACUGUUGUUAGAUAUGAAAAAUUUUUCACAGUUGAACCUCAACACAUUCCAUGUGUACUAAUGGCUUUCUUAGAUCAUAGAGGUCUGCGGCAUUCUAGUGCAAAAGUACGGAGCAGAACUGCUUACCUGUUUUCCAGAUUUGUCAAAUCUCUGAAUAAACAAAUGAAUCCUUUUAUUGAGGAUAUUCUGAAUAGAAUACAAGAUUUACUAGAGCUUUCUCCACCUGAGAAUGGUUACCAGUCUUUGUUGAGCAGUGAUGAUCAGCUGUUUAUUUAUGAGACAGCCGGAGUGCUGAUUGUUAAUAGUGAAUAUCCAGCUGAACGGAAACAAGCCUUAAUGAGAAAUCUUUUGACCCCACUAAUGGAGAAGUUUAAAAUUCUGUUAGAAAAAUUGAUGCUAGCACAAGAUGAAGAAAGACAGGCAUCACUAGCAGACUGUCUGAACCAUGCUGUUGGAUUUGCCAGCCGAACCAGCAAAGCUUUCAGCAACAAGCAGACUGUGAAACAGUGUGGCUGUUCCGAAGUUUAUCUGGAUUGUUUACAGACAUUCUUGCCAGCCCUCAGUUGUCCCUUGCAAAAGGAUAUUCUCAGAAGUGGAGUUCGUACUUUCCUUCAUCGCAUGAUUAUUUGCCUAGAGGAAGAAGUUCUUCCAUUCAUCCCGUCUGCCUCAGAACACAUGCUCAAAGAUUGUGAAGGAAAAGACCUCCAGGAGUUCAUUCCUCUUAUCAACCAGAUUACAGCCAAAUUUAAGAUACAGGUAUCUCCAUUUUUACAGCAAAUGUUCAUGCCUCUACUUCAUGCAAUUUUUGAGGUAUUGCUCCGACCAGCAGAAGAAAAUGACCAGUCUGCUGCUUUAGAGAAGCAAAUGUUACGAAGGAGUUACUUUGCUUUCCUGCAAACUGUCACAGGCAGUGGAAUGAGUGAAGUCAUAGCAAAUCAAGGUGCAGAGAAUGUAGAACGAGUGCUGGUUACUGUUAUCCAAGGAGCAGUUGAAUAUCCAGAUCCAAUUGCACAGAAGACAUGUUUUAUCAUCCUCUCCAAGUUGGUAGAACUCUGGGGAGGUAAAGAUGGACCAGUGGGAUUUGCUGAUUUUGUUUAUAAGCACAUUGUCCCUGCAUGUUUCCUAGCACCUUUAAAACAAACCUUUGACCUGGCAGAUGCACAAACAGUGUUGGCUUUAUCUGAGUGUGCGGUGACAUUGAAAACAAUUCAUCUCAAACGGGGCCCAGAAUGUGUUCAGUAUCUUCAACAAGAAUACCUGCCUUCCUUGCAAGUAGCUCCAGAAAUAAUUCAGGAGUUUUGUCAAGCGCUUCAGCAGCCUGAUGCUAAAGUUUUUAAAAAUUACUUAAAGGUAUUCUUCCAGAGAGCAAAGCCCUAAGGACUGGAUCUCCCUGUGCCUACUUUAUGAUCAGGAAUUCCAGUUAAUUUAUAAAGAAGCAGUUUUGUGUGCCAUUCACACUGGUUUUUUUAACAUUGCUUUAAGCUUAUUGCAGUAUAUGUAUUGGGAUUUUUCUGUAAAAUGGGUGUAAUUUUCUCUGAAUACAGGUAUGUAACAACAAGAGAAGUUGCUUGCAUGCCAGUUCAAAUUGUUCCAUAUAAAAAUGCUGUUAAGAGAUACAGCACGGUUAUCCUAGUACCUUUUUUUUUUUUUUUACAUUAAAUCCUUGAAACGUUAAAUCCUUUAUAAA